UGUAGCUUUCAGUGGCGUACACGUCGUUUCAGAGGGACGGACUUAUUACACACUUUUAUGUCUAGAAAAAUUAUGGGGAAUAAUACCAUUCGAAGUUGACAAUAAAGGGAUCGCAAUCAAGAUUCGCCCAGAGCUCGAAUAGCCUACAAAUCAAUCAAUUGAAUAACUCAUCAAUCGGCAGCGGCUGGGACUGAUAAUUGGAUCAACGUUGUGAAGAAGCUGCCGAGAUGACGGUCGUUCUUGAUAUCAAACCAGCGUUAACUUUGAUGAAGUCCGAAAAAUUCGAUUCCCAUCAGGAACCAACCAUGUGCUCUUCUGUUGGCAAGCCACAGAAUGCAGAUUUCACCCCCCCUGACCCCUGGAUUUACUUCAGACACCGGACAAGGUCCAAAUCCCCGUCAUUUGCAUGAAGAAGAGACAGAGAUAUCGCGGAAGUAGGUCGGGGUGUCUUGUAAGGAUCUGAUGGCGAAGUCGUGGCUGAACGACGAUAUGGAUAACCUACAGCUGGGUGGGUUUUCCGUGCAUCGGCAAGAUAGAACAGCUGCCUCUGAUGUGGACUUCAGUGACGUGCCCCUGCUCACCCCGGGGAGCAGGGAGAUGAUGUCACAGGCCCUGAGGGCCACGUUUAGUGGCUUCACCAAGGAGCAACAGAGAUUGGGCAUGCCCAGAGACCCCAGGCACUGGUCAGAGAGCCAGGUGGGCCAGUGGCUGCUGUGGACAGUGAAUGAGUUCAGCCUGAAGAGCGUGGACCUGCACCGCUUCCGUAUGGCCGGGGUAAGCCUCUGUGCCCUGGGGAAGGAGUGCUUCUUGGACCUGGCGCCUGACUUUGUGGGGGACAUCCUGUGGGAACACCUGGAGAUGAUGCAGAGAGAUGUGAGGAAUUUCCCCGUCAAUGGCUUGAUGUCCACAUUCCAGGAGUCUCGGUUCACUUAUGACUACUUUGCCAACUAUGGUACUGAACGUGCCCAGUGCAUCCUUCCAUCGGACACCUCAGAGCCAGGCUUCAUCACAGAGUCCUAUCAGACACUUCUACCAACCACCUGUGAGGACCUGCUGUCAAUCAAGAUUGAGAACGGAGAUUCUAUUGGCCCAUUGGGUCCUAAGCAGGGGGACUACCUCACAAUCAAACAGGAAGUGGUCUCCCAUGACAACAUGUGCAUGGGGCAUGUCAUUCGAGGUAAAAUUGGGGGCCAAGAAUCCUUUGAGAGUGUGGAGAGCCUAGAGGCUUGUGAGAGUCUCACCCAGUCCUGGGGCAGCCACUCCCACUUCUGCAGCCUGCAGCGCGUGCCCUCCUACAACAGCUUUGACUCUGACGACUAUCCGGCCACGCUGCGUGGCCACCCGGCCAAAGGCACCUUCAAAGACUAUGUGAAGGCACGAAUGGGCCCGACCAAAGACAAGUCUGUCAUACUGGCGGCGGCUCUUGCGGGAUACACAGGAAGUGGUCCGAUCCAGCUGUGGCAAUUUCUGUUGGAGCUUCUGACCGACACUUCCUGUCAGUCGGUCAUCAGCUGGACGGGAGAUGGCUGGGAAUUCAAAUUGACCAAUCCCGAUGAGGAGAUUGGGGAUGAGGUGGAUCAAGAUAAUUUGACCGUCUCCCACCUUCCGUCCUCACUCCUCCCCUCCAGGUGGCUAGGCGCUGGGGCCAGAGGAAGAACAAGCCCAAGAUGAACUAUGAGAAGCUGAGCCGCGGCCUGCGCUACUACUACGACAAGAACAUAAUCCACAAGACGUCUGGCAAGCGAUAUGUCUACCGCUUUGUCUGCGACCUGAACGGCCUUCUGGGAUACAGCGCAGAGGAGAUUCACGCCAUGCUUGACAUUAAGCCGGACACAGGAGAGUGAUGUGUGUGUGUGUGGUCUGGCACCACCAGGUAACAUACAUGCUUGUGUAGGACAGGGGUUGCCAACAGGUGGCCUGUGGGCCCAAAACCGGCCCUCAAGUGAUUUUAUUUUUCUCCCCAAAGUUGAGUUUUUAGAGGGAUUUUAGUUUUUGGUCAAAAAAGCCAAAUCACCAGGAAUUCAGCAAAAAAAGUUAAAUUUAGGAAAUCUGUUCCCAAGAAUUCCAUUUAAAAAAAUGUGAUUGUGUCUCAAUGUAAUCAAAGUAGGAAAGGAUUAUUUUCAAAUACUCUUUUUAUUAGAAUUAUGUUCUGGCAAAAAUCAUCCCAAGGUUGAAUCUAGUUGCCUACCGCUAUUGUUGGAGAUCAUGAUGAAAGCAAUUACAAUCUGAAAAAAAACAUAAUGCAAAUACAAUCAGACUCCUGUCAAGUUGCUGAAGACAAUGGAAGCGAGUUACUUGGACAUGGCCAUCACCCAAGGAGGUUAGAACAUUUUAUUCAAAUGGAGCACAUGGUUAAAAAAUGUACCCUUUGGGACCAAAGACUGGUGUUAUUCCUGUGUUCAGUAUUGUUCUUUGGAAACCACAUUGACACAAAAGGCCAAUGCUUGGCUGCUAAAAUGGCUGUCAGUCUCAAAGCAAUGACUCUACUCUUACACAAGGGGCUACUGAAGUCCUUUUGAAUGAAUGAUUUGUUUGAGGACUGCUACAGACAUCCAGGGUAUGGAGGGCAACACUAGUGCUCUAUAUAUCUAUCAAAGCCACCACUGUCAUGUUUCCACCUGCCAAAAAUGUCCAAUUUGUCAUAUUUCCCUGACCAAAGACAUGCCUUUUUUUUAUACUGCACAAGCCAUAAUUCACUGUCUCGACAUGCUUUGUCGUGAGUUCCCCUAAAUGUAGCAAGAGCUUUCACAUUUCUACUGUUACCCUGGGUUGUAUUCACUAGAAAAUAAAUGGAAGAAAACAGACCGAAAUGGGAGGGACUACCUGAACCUGUCCCAUAAAGUCAUUUGUGUUGCAAAUUCUUUUGCUACAGGUUGUUGUGGUGUGCCCUAUUGAAUACGAAUAUGGUUAGAAAGGUGUGAAUUGCUCUCAUAUUUGAGGGAACCAAACCCUACAACCAAAUGCUAUCGCAAGGUCUAGAAACAGAAGUUCAGAAUUAUUUUACAGCAUUUGUGUAUCAUUUUAUAAUGUAACGGAAAGUUUUAUUUAAAAAACAGUAUCAAAUAUAUCUUAUGACUUUUAAAAUGACAGACAGCUGGUCCUAUGUGUGGGUCUGGAUUCAUAAAGCAUCCCUGAGUAGGAGUGCUGAUCUAGGAUCAGCUUUUCCCUUUUUUUAAGUUAUUAUGAAGAUUACAUUGAAAGAGGGGCUGGCUGGCUGAUCCUAUAUCAACUCUUAGUCUGAGACACUUUGUGAAUACGGGCCCAGGAUUAAAAAAAAGGCGGCAGUAUCCUCUUUCUUGCUUUAUACAAACACAAGAUUUCUUGGGCUGAGCCUGGCCCAUCGCUGAACAUUAAGAGCAGAGCUUUUAUUAUGAUUGUACAUGAGAAUGUUGUAUACCAAACAGUAUAAACAAAACUAACUUGU